AUGAUAAGAAGAUUCACAACACAAAUCUAUAGAUCGUCGCCAAUGGUGAAGAAAGCAGUACUUAUAGGGAUCAAUUACCCUGGAACCGAAGGAGAGCUACGUGGCUGCGUCAAUGACGUCAAGCGAAUGCACAAAUGCCUCAUCGAACGGUUCGGAUUCUCAGAUGAGAACAUCACUCAGCUGAUCGAUACAGACAUGUCCAAAAUCCAACCUACUGGCAAGAACAUACGACAGGCUCUGUCGGAACUUGUCGGAUCAGCUACUUCCGGCGAUGUUCUCUUCGUUCAUUACAGUGGACACGGCGUGAGGUUGCCGCCGGAGACUGACGAAGACGACGAUACUGGUUUCGAUGAGUGUAUUGUUCCCUGCGAUAUGAAUAACAUCACUGAUGAUGAAAUCAGAGAGAUUGUUGAUAAAGUGCCUAACAACUGUUCCAUUACAAUAGUCUCGGACUCUUGUCAUAGUGGUGGUCUCAUUGAGAAGGUCAAGGAGCAGAUCGGAGACAGUACGAAGAAAGGAGAAGCAAAGACUAAAGAGAUUGAACAAGAAGAUGAGAGGAAGAACAAAGCCGAUGUCAUAAACAGAUCUCUGCCUUUGCAGAGUAUGAUCAACAUGCUAAAGCAAGAAACAGGGAAAGAUGAUAUAGAAGUUGGGAAUAUAAGAACGAGUCUUUACGAUGCGUUUGGAGAAGAUGCAUCUCCGAAAGUGAAGAAGGAGUUAAUGAAUCUGCAAGAAACCCAAGGACUAGGUUUGGUAUUGAAGGAACAAGUCGUGAUCAAGAAAGACAAUGGUAUAUUGCUUAGUGGAUGUCAGACUGAUCAAACUUCAGGAGAUGUACGAACCAACGGAAAAGCCUAUGGAGCAUUCAGCGAUGCGAUACAGAUCAUACUCUCUGAGACAAACGGUAAGAUCACAAACAAAGAACUUGUUUUAGGUGUUAGAGAGUAUCUUGAGUAUGAAUGUUAUCCUCAAAAACCAGGGCUGUAUUGCAGCGAUAGUUAUCUGAAUGCUCCAUUCAUAUGUUGA